AUGGCAGCUGCCACAGCUUCUAUCAAAGCCACAACUCAUGCUGUAGAACAUGCCUCUGUCGAGCCCGAUGUUUCCAGCCGACUCGCCUCGUUUUCUGACUGCACGACAAGCGAUGGCAAGUCGGGAGCUCUUCCAUCUAGCAACACCACCACCAGCAGCACCACCAGCUACAGCAGCAGUGACGUCAGCUUCAACUCGACCGCGUUCCGGUCAGCGAGGGAGCCUAUUCGGAGCGUCGCCGCGUGGACUUCCCCCGGCCUUCCCCCGAACCCUCUGGGCAUCACCUCUGCUCGCUCCGCCAUAUCUCAUCGUGAAUACGUCCGCGAUGGUCUCAAGUCCUGUCGCUGCCCCUGCUGCUGCCGCGACGACGACGCGGACGACGACUUGUCCUCUGCGCCUUCGUCGUCGCCCGGCGACGCCCAUGCGACGGACCAUGCGACGGUUUCCUCGGGGCCGAUAGAGACCGGCCACCAUAGCAGCGGCAUUAGCGGGCGGCACGGCCGAGGCUCUCGGUUCAAUCGCUCGUGGUCGCUCUUUGGCGCGGCGGCAUCCCCAAGCAGUGGCGAAAGCGGCGGCAGGAGCGCAUCACUAGAGCCGCCGCAAGUCGACGCCAAAAACCACCAGCAACAGCAGCAGGAGCAGGAGCAGCAAUUAAGAGCCGAGGCGGGUUUCCCUUUAUGCCAGCAGCAGGACUCGCAAUCUUCAGUCUGCCGCCCAAUCCCGCACCAGCCGUUCUUCCGACCGCCAACGCCCAUCCCCUCGUUAGAAGCACCCCGCAGCCCCGCCCCCUCCACGCGACCCGCGGAAGCGGCGGCGGGCUCGCGGGCGCUGAGGGCAGAUGCGGGAAACGCGGAAGGUGAUGCGGUUGAUGUUUAUGGGGUGUUGGGAAGGUGCGAAGCGGAGGAAAGAGGAAGCCCGGCGGUAAGGCCGCAAGGGGCGUGCUCUGAAGGGGAUCCUGAGGGGAGUGGUGCGAGCAUAAGUGCGGUGAGGAGCGCAUUGGCGGAAGCGGUGGGCGGAGGAGAAACGGCAGCAGCGACGGGGAGCUGUUGGGAAGGACUCUUACCGGCAGUACCGGCAGUGGCGUCGGCGGAGGAAGAUAAAGAACGGAAAUCGAAUCGCGCGGAGGCGCAGAGUGCGGGAGAGGAUGUCGACGAGAGAGGCGACGCGGGCGGCGCUGGCGGCGAUGCCGACGACGCGUCGCUAUUGGAUGGCGACUUGCUGGUGGAUAUUCUGUCGCCGCCAGACGACGGCCAUGGGCGCAUCCCCGCCGCGCUCCACUGCACGCAACACUCCUCCGCCAAGUGGUUCCAUCCCCCGCUCGCCUUCCCCGUUCCCCCGCUUUCCAUCCCUCCCCCUGCCGUCCCUCUCUCCCCAUCUCCCGCCGGCCCCGCUCCCCUUCGGUCUACGCUCUACGCGUCCGCGCGCCCCGCCGCGCCCUCGCGCGUCACCCCGCCCGUCUCACCCCUUGCGAGUUCCGCCAGUCUCCGCCAGUUUUCCCCCAGCCUCCCCGCUCUUGAACUCUCCGACCCUGCUUGCACGCCGUCAACGCCGCGCCCUCCCUUCUCCCUCUCUCGCAUUCCUUUCAGUGCCCCUGCACUCUCCCCCGCGCAGGCUUCCUCCCCCUCUUCCCCCUCUUCGUCCCCCUCCCCGUCGUCCUCCUCCCCCUCCUCCCUCUCCCCUGUCUCCCCGCAAACUCCCUCUUCCCCUUACCCCUCAACCUCCGCCCAAUCUUUUCCGCCGGGAAAAACACGCUGGUUUUCCCGCGCGGGUUCCCUCCUUGCGCCUCCCCCUGCGCCCCUCGGCGCGCUUUUCUCCGCCUUGGCGAAGCAUCUCUCUCUGCGCGUGGCGCUCUGGCGCCGCCAACGGCUGCUGAAGGCGGAAGCAAUCGGGGGCGCGGAAGGAAUCGGCAGAGGGGGAAGCGUGCGCGUGGACGCGCGGACGGUGCGCGCCAUCGUGCGCGCGCAGGAAGAGCUCCGCGCAGAGGUGCGCGCAUGGUGUGUGGCGGAGACCUCGGGCGGAAAGGCGGAGGGUCGCGGACUCGGUUUCGGGGACGAAAGCGGGAGAGGGUGUGGUAUCUGGGGAGGGGGGGAGUUGCAACGGGGGGAAGAAGGGGCGGAGCGGGAGGAGGAGGGGGAGGGGGAGGCGGUACCAGGCGAGGGGGAAAGAGACGGCGGCUCGCGGGUGUGGUUUGAGUGGAACGGAUGGCAGUACUAUUUAAAGCCAUGGCAGGCGAUAGUGGGCGAUGCGGACUUUCCGGGUCAAUAUGCGCGCAUUGUGAGUUGCCUCGAGCGCCUCUCCGCGACCAUCAGCGCCCCUGAGGCGCAACGCGCGGAGCUGCGCGCACCGCAGCCGCAGCAGCCGCCGCAGCAGCCGCAGCGGGAGCAGCAGCGGGAGCUGCCGCAGAAGGCGAGGGCGGAGGCGGAAGAGAGGGAGCAGAUCCGCAAGCUAGGCGUGCGCGGGCGGUACCUGCGCCAGCUGCGCGAGGGGCGGCGGGGGGAGCCGCCGCUGCAGUGGCUGGACGACGCGGCUGCCGCGUACGUGCUAGACGGCGGGGAGUGGCAGCACGUGGGGUCUCCGCGCUUCUGCGCGUGGAUCGCGCAUGUGUGCCGCUUCCCCCACUGGCACAUGCCCUGUGUGGCGCGCCGAGCUACCAGGUCCGUCCCCACUUGUCCAUCACGCCUCUCCACUGCCUGCUCUCUGUCUGCCUGCUCUCUGCCGCACUCCCUGCUCCACCCGUGUCCUUUCUCCAUCCCUCUCCCUGCUUCCCCACCGCCCUCCUUGCUGCGCCCCUACCUCCCCUCCUCCCCCGCGCAUCCCCCUGGACCCCCACCAUCCGCUUACGCCCCGGGCAUAUCCACUCCACUCCUCUUCCCCUUGCUCCCUGUAUCUACUCCGCCUGCACUGCGCCCCCCUCUUACCCCCUCUCUCCCCCUUUUCCCCGCCUCCCCCCUCUCCCCUUUUCUCUGCCCCCCGAACCUAGAAGACUAUUUUCGCCUGUACGGGGCCGACACUGCAGCCUCCCUAGCCUCCGCCCUGCCUCCACGGCACCAGUAUGCUGGUAGAAGCAUGGCUGCUUCUUCUUCUCGUGUGGAUGGGCGGAGGGGAGGGCUUGGUGCUGCUAAUCAGGAAGGGAGUGGUGGCCGUGGUGGAGUGGAGGAGUGGAGGCAGGAGUUUGGCGACAUGCGGGGGUUUUGUGAGUGGUUGGAUGCGGCCAAGGCCCUGGACCAGCUUCAUCCAGCUGCUGAACGGAUUCUUGAGCUGGAACGGGCCGUGCAGGGAAGGUGA